AUGGUGCAGCAACAAGAAACCGAAGACAAUAAUGUAACCAUCUUUAGCCGUGGAAGCUUGUGUUUCGACAGGCCUGCUGCUAGGGAAGAUGUUUUGCAAGAGUACCAAAAACACUUUGAAAAGCUCCUUACCGUAUCGAAUGAAGCGCUCAAGGAAAUCACAGACAACUUUGUACGUGUCCUGGGCGAGGGUCUCGAGAAGGAGGGUCAAGCUGUGCCCAUGCUUCCUACAUUCGUUUUCGGAUGGCCCACUGGCGAAGAGAAAGGAGAUUUUUUGGCUCUUGACAUGGGUGGUACCAACCUGCGUACGUGCUUGGUCAAGCUGAACGGUGACCGAACCUUUGAACUGAAUCAAACCAAGUUCCGUAUCCAAGAAAACCACAAGCAUGAAAGCGGCCAGAAGCUGUUUGAUUACUUCGGUGUGUGCAUCCGUGAGUUCCUGGAGAAGCAAUAUGGCUCAUGCGACCAUCUGGAUGAACACCUGUCACUUGGGUUCACGUUCAGUUUCCCCACCAUUCAAAAGCGUAUUGAUCACGGUGAGCUUAUCCGCUGGACCAAGGGUUUCGGUAAUCCGGAAACAGAAGGACAUGAUUGUGCUGAGAUGCUGCGCCAGGGUCUGCGCGAUGCCGCAGUUCCUGUCAAACUCAGCUCGAUCAUCAACGACACGACAGGCACGCUCAUCGCAUCCAACUAUGUCGAGCCCGACACCAAGAUUGCUUGCAUUUUCGGUACGGGCUGUAAUGCGGCCUAUAUGGAAGAUGUGUCGGAGAUUCCCAAGCUCCGUCAUUUAAAUUUGCCACCGCAUGAGAAAAUGGCUAUCAAUUGUGAAUACGGUGCUUUUGAUUCGUAUGAACACAAGUACUUGGCCAGCGUGAGGACCAAGUACGACGAGGAAAUCGACCUUACGUCUAACAAACCGCACGAACAGACCUUCGAGAAGAUGAUCGCUGGUAUGUACCUGGGCGAGAUUUUCCGAUUGAUUCUUUGUGACUUGGUAUAUGAGGGUGUCUUAUUCCUUGGUCAAGAAACAUACAAGAUUGAGAAACCAUUUUGCUUUGACACUGCAUUUUUGUCGCUAAUUGAGGCAGACUCGACGGAAGAGCUGUUGACAGUCAUGGGAUUAUUCAAGUACUUCUUUAGUCUGGAAACGGAUCUGGAUGAACGGCAGUUUUUCCGCCGUGUGGCUCAGCUCAUCGGUACACGCUCGGCACGCCUAAGUGCAUGCGGUAUCGCUGCGAUCGUGAAGAAAAAGAAUCUGCUUGAAGAGGGCUGUACGGUUGGCGUUGAUGGCAGCCUCUACUGCAAGUACCCCCACUUUGCCGAUCGCUUGCACGGUGCGUUGGCUGAUAUUCUCGGUCCGGAAGCUAAGAAGAUCAAGACGCGACAGGCUGAGGAUGGUUCUGGUGCGGGCUCCGCUGUGAUUGCCGCCAUGACGACUGCACGCAAGAACAAGGGUCAUCUGGCUGAUGUGUAG